CUUGACAUUCAAAAGGAAGACAGGCACGCACAGGCAGCAAAGUGCAGGCUCUCCUCAAAGAAAGGAAGAAAAGACGGCAAAGGGAGUCAACCGAGGCAGUGAAUAGAUUUGCACGGGGUGGAGACGACUCGGGUUGGGGACGCGCUGUUCCUCCCACUUCCCGGUGCUUUAGGACCUGCCGUUGAGUCUUUUAUUGCUCAUUAAUUUAUUUUCCCCCCGCUCCGCUGAGAGGUUUCUCUUCCCUCGCCUAGCGACCCCCCUCAAGUGGAAAGCGAAAGGAAGCGGCGAGAAAGCAGCACCCCCCUCCUUUAGGGGGCCCGUCGCGCUCUGGGCUCGGCGAACCUGGACUCAGGAGGGGCUUUCCCGAAGGUAGUGAACGGAAAGAAGCCGCUUUAUUCCAGCUUGAAAACCGGCGCCAGGAGCCGAACCCGGCGAACGAGAGCGAGCGACCUUGUGCGGGAAAAUGCAUUGAAACUUUUGGCAAACUUUUUUCUUUUUUUUCUGGUGGUGGUGGGGGGGUGCCUGAGCGGUGAGCGCGCGCGCGCUUGUGGUGACUGACUUGCCGCCGAGGAGGGCGAAAGCGCUGUUACAAUUCCGAGCCUUUGUGGUGCUGGAGAGAUUGUCUCAGAGAAGCGUCGGAUCCGAACCGAGCUGGGCCGAGGACGCUGAGAGGAGAGAGGUGCGGAGGGGGGGUGGGUCCGCGUCUCCGGCGCCUCGGAAGUCGGGCUUAUGAACGGGUGAAACCAGAGACUGAAGUCUCUCGCUUCCAGCCAACCCACCCCCCUCCAGUCCUGAGCCUUCCCAGAUCGCCCAGGAGGAGCAGCCCCAGGAAAAGGAAGAAGCCGAGCAGAGAGCCAGGAAGAAGCCCCCCAGCCGGUUGAAAGUCUCAUUUGCCUUUCUCCAGGAAUCAUGAACUUUCUGCUCGCUUGGCUCCACUGGGGGUUGGCGGCGCUGCUUUAUUUCCACAACGCCAAGUUAUCACAGGCUGCUCCUGCCCAGGGGGAUGGGAAGAAGCAUCACAGUGAAGUUAUCCCAUUUGUGGACGUCUACAAUCGCAGUGUCUGCCGAUCAAUUGAGACCAUGGUGGAUAUUUUCCAGGAAUACCCUGAUGAGGUGGAGUACUUCUUCAAGCCAUCCUGUGUUCCCCUGAUGAGAUGUGCGGGGUGCUGUAAUGAUGAAGCACUAGAGUGUGUAGCCUUGGAGGUGCACAAUGUCACCAUGGAGAUUAUGAGAAUUAAACCAUAUCAGAGUCAGCACAUAAACCUGAUGAGCUUCCAACACCACAGUAAAUGUGGCUGCAGACCAAAGAAAGAAACCAGAACUAGACAAGAAAAAAAAUCAAAGCGAGGAAGGGGGAAGGGUCAAAAGAGAAAGCGCAAGAGAGGCCGGUAUAAACCACAAAACUUUCACUGUGAGCCUUGCUCAGAAAGGAGAAAGCACUUGUUUGUACAAGAUCCCCAGACCUGUAAAUGUUCCUGCAAAUUCACAGACUCACGUUGCAAGUCGAGGCAGCUUGAGUUAAACGAGCGCACUUGCAGAUGUGAAAAACCAAGACGAUGAGCAGCAGAGAAGAAAGGGGCAGGGGAGGGUGGACAGCCUUGGUUCUGGAGCCUGAUUUCUCACCUGGUCAAAAACACUAAUCCAAAUGGACACUAAAAUGAAGGAUCAGUAGAGCACAGCACUUUUGAGUACAGAUGAUGGACUCAGGAAGGAACAUUCCCUGAAGACCCGCACAGGAUUCACCUUUUGGUUUUGAACUAGUUUGAUAUACAGACUUUCCUUCUCAUGCUGCUAAAUAAUAGAGCCAGGGAGACUAGAAUGGUAUAUGUUUUGGGACACCCAUAUUUACAUGAAUAAUAUAUGUGUGUGUGUCUAUAUAGAUAUGCAUAUAUAUUCUGACUCUUUUAAAUCCUUGCUAACGUUAUUGGUGUCUUCACUGGAUAUACUCAACUGCUGUGGACACAAGUGGGCUACUUGGGGGCAUAAGAGCAACUAUGACUGGACUUCAGCCAAAGUGCUGCAGGUAUUCUUCAUCCCUUGCUGAUUUUUCUAGAGCAUACUGCUCCACCAAUGUUAUUCCCUGCAAUUCUGUAGAGGGAGACAUUUGUUCAAGAGAGGAGGAAGCAGGGGAUUCCAAAGAUGGCACCUUGGAAUAUUAUGGGUCAAAGGUCAAGGAAACGACUCAAGAAGUUGGAACUGAGGAUUCCACCAGCUUCCCACCCCCUCCUCCCCUAAAUUCUUUGCCCCUAUUUGUAUCAUGACACCCUGCUUUGCUGGGACACGGGACAUGAGAAACUGGUGUAUGUUUGUUUUUUUUAAAUUGACUUGCUGUAGGAACUCUGCCUUGGAUAUAAAUUCUGGCCUUAAUGAUGGGAAGUGGCUGAUGCAAGAACUUUUCAGCUUGAGAAAACUUCACUGGAAUCUGGAAUCUUCCACCCCUGAUGGCUACUUAAAUAAAGGAUAUAUGACUGGCAGUACAUGGAAGCAAGAAUGGGGACCGGUGCAUAGAUAGGCAAUAGAACAGCACUGUCUGAAACCGUCAUGCACAGAGCUGCCACUGACUAGCAUCCCAGAUGCUUAUGGAACAUCUCCUGAAAGGGAUAUUAAUCAAAAGUAUAUAUGUAUAGUAUGGUGGGUGUGAGUGAGUGUCGUGUGUGGGGUGUAUAUGUACACAACUAUAGAGGCAAUUUUUGUGUGCCUGUAAUGAGUUCAGAAUUGGCUACUGACCUUUUUGGGCCUACUCACUAUCUCUAGAUGAGAGCUUACCUCUGGUGUUGUAAAUUCAUUGAUAUUCUUGAGUCAUUGUAACCUGUGAAUGUAUUGAGAGGGCAUGCUUUGCUAGAGUUAUUUAUCUAUUUCUAUAAAAUAUUUCACCACUACAACUGCGGAAUAAUAUUGCCUGUUCCACCAAGAGCUUUGAAGAGUUCAGCUGCAACAGAUGCCUAUUGAAUGAGACCUGUGAAGCAUAGAUCUGACAGGCAGAAACUCAUGCUUUGCGCUCUGUUAACCUUAGUCUCUUAGAAACAUCAGAGUCUGUAGUGAGCGUUGCUUAUUGACAGUAAGUAAGUUCUCAUCUGGACAGACCCUCUACGUAGGGGAAACCCAUUUGGAAUCUUAGGAAAUAAAGUUGAACAUGUGCCAUGUGGGAUUUUUAGGCCUUAGUAAAAGUUUUGAGUUGUUGAAUAAUCAGUGGUGUAAAGUUCCGAGGACAUUUAUCUGAGCUCGGCCAAACUUUGUACAUGUAAUGCAGCCAACCCAGACAUUCUUGAGAGAGCUGCUUCUGCACUAAAAGAUUCAGUAUGUUGGUAUUUGGAGCCUCUUGACAGUUGGUAGAGUUUCUAUAUGGCUAGUGUUUUAAGGCUUUCUAGGGUUUGACAGUAUUGCCCAGUUCCCUUUAGAUUAGAAUCUGGUUCCUGAUUCGUAAAAUCUGAUCCCAGCCAUUAACCAUGAUGAAAUGUACUACUGUUUCUGCAUAGCCUUUAAUCCUAAGGACCACAUCCAUAAUUGCCCCCAGUGAAUCUGUCUGUAUUUAGCCCUCAAGACUGCGUAAAAAGCCUUGGAACUCUAAAACUGGCAAGAGAACCAUUGUGACACUGGGGCUAGCCCAGUAGCCACUAAGAAUAUGUCAUUUGGCAUAAGUGCUCUUGUAGGACACUCAGUGCCUUGUGAGGUAAAGCACUUUGGUGUUUGUAGUACCCCAAACCACUUGACACAUUAAAAAUUCCUAGAAGGAUGAUCGUGGGGUAUAUCCCACAAGUGCCUGAAACUCGCUUGCAAGAUGGUCCUCUUUUUCUUUUUUUUUGCCUUGCCAUUAUAAAGGUUUUU